AUGAUACUGACGCUUAUACUUACCUGUCGUGAACAUCUAUCUAUCUAUCUAUCUAUCUAUCUAUCUAUCUAUCUAUCUAUCUAUCUAUCUAUCUAUGUCUGUUUGUUAUCUAUCUAUCUAGCAUCGCAAAUUAUAAAGAGCCGAAGGAAAAAUCUAGAUUAUCUGAAUUCGAACAUUUCUUUCUUUCUUUCUUUCUUUUUUCUUUCUAUUUAUUUACCUCCCUUUUUUCUUUUCUAUCUAUCUAUCUAUCUAUCUAUCUAUCUAUCUAUCUAUCUAUCUAUCUAUAACUUUAAAUCAGUCGGAGCUCUCUCUCUCUCUCUUUUCUCUCUCUCUCUCUCUAAGCAACGGAAUAUUUUUGUCCCGGAGGAAGAUGAAGGUAGUAGACGUCUAAGAGUGACUUUGCUGCCUCUUUCAACGGGAUCGGGCAAUCCGCCUACAGACACAGAAACGACCGUAACAGAGUCAUCAGAUAAUGAUGACGAUAAGAGUGAGAAGACUGGGAACGAGGGAAAUCAUAUGGGCACAGAAACGGGAGAAAUGCAUGCAGAAGAGUCCUCUCCCCACCUAGAAAGAAGUACUCGGCGAAGGCAGUCACCGAGCUCUCUCUCUCUCUCUCUUUUCUCUCUCUCUCUCUCUCUCUCUAAGCAACGGAAUAUUUUUUUUUUUUCCACUUUUAUAUCUCUCUCACCCCCCUCCCUCUCUCUCUCUCUCUCUCUCUCUCUCUCUGUGUCUCUCCUCAUCGAUCAUUUAUCAGUUCUUAUAUUGCCACAGCUUCAUUUCUCGGUUCUUAUAUUGUCAUCGCUUCCCUGCUCUUUUCUUAUACCGUCAGCAAUUCUUUGUCGCUUCUUAUAUUGCCAUCGCUUAUUUCUCGGUUCUUAUACUGUCAUCGCUUCCAUUCUUGGUUCUUAUAUUGACAUCACUUCAAUUCUAGGUUCUUAUAUUGACAUCGCUUCCCUUUUCUUUGCUUAUACUGUCAUCGCUUCCUUUCUUGAUUCUGAUAUUGUCAUCGCUUCACUUCUCAGUCCUUAUAUUGUCAUCACUUAA